AGAGCGGAACAUUCUGGAAACUAAUAAAUAUUCGUCGCAGUGAAAACAUUUUCAUUAUUUCAUGUUGAAGAUAAAAGGAAGCAUCUCCGUUAAAAAUUAGGAUGAAGAUCUUGGCUUCCGUCAUUGGCUUACUUUUUAUAUCUCACGUGACAUCAGGUUUUAUCCCACGAAGAGGCAUUGCUUGUGAACAUAGAACGUUAGGCAUCAGUUGUCCAUUUGGGACAACUAUUACAGUGCUCUCUGCGAACUACGGACGACUUUCGAAGCAUGUAUGUCGUGGGACCAACUCGCAUUUAACAACCACUUGCAAAGCAUCUUCCUCCUUAAAGAAAGUUAGAGCAAGUUGUAAUGGAAAACGAUCUUGCAAAGUCUCAGCAUCAAAUGGAGUAUUCGGGGACCCUUGCGUUGGUGUCUUUAAAUAUCUGACAGUCAAUUUUGUAUGCAGAAGACCAAUUCCACCGAGGAACGUUGCUUGUGAACAUAAAGCAUUAAAUGUAAGAUGUCCUGCUGGCACCGUAAUUCGAAUAACCUACGCUAACUAUGGCCGUCUUUCCAAAAGUAUUUGUCCUGGAGUAAACUCCCACAGAACAUGUAGGGCGUCAUCUUCCUUCCACAAAGUUAGAGCCGCAUGUAAUGGAAGACGUUUUUGUAGCGUGGCUGCAUCCAACCGAGUUUUCGGUGAUCCUUGUCAUGGCGUUUACAAAUAUUUGAUUGUGCGUCACACUUGCGUGAGACCAACUCCACCGAGGAACGUUGCUUGUGAACACAGAGCAUUAAACGUAAGAUGUCCAGUUGGCACCGUAAUUCGAAUAACCUACGCUAACUAUGGCCGUCUUUCCAGACAUAUUUGUCCUGGAGUAAACUCCCACAGAACAUGUAGCGCGUCAUCCUCCUUCCACAAAGUUAGAGCUGCAUGUAAUGGAAGACGCUCUUGUAGCAUUGCUGCAUCCAACCGAGUUUUCGGUGAUCCUUGUCAUGGCGCUUACAAAUAUUUGAUUGUGCGUCACACUUGCGUGAGACCAACUCCACCACAAAGCAUUGCCUGUGAACAUAAAACAUUGAAUCUGAGAUGUCCAACUGGUACUGCAAUCCGAAUUACCUACGCCAACUAUGGCCGUCUUUCCACAAGCAUUUGUCCCGGAGUAAACUCCCACCGUACAACAACAUGCCGGGCAAGUUCAUCUUUCGCUAAAGUCAGUGCUGCUUGUAAUGGUAAGAGGUCAUGCAGCAUCGGCGCAUCUAACAGAGUGUUCGGUGAUCCUUGUUAUGGAGUUUACAAAUAUUUAGCUGUGCGACAUUCCUGUGUGAGGGUACCAACACGUCGUCGCUUGGUCUGCGAACACAGAAAUUUAGCUUUGAGCUGUCCCGCAGGUCUGAAGCUCAGAAUUACAUUUGCGAAUUAUGGUCGCCUAUCCAGAGGUAUUUGUCCUGGUUCAAAUUCACACCGUACUACAACAUGCACGGCUUCUUCUUCUGUUGGUAAAGUAGCACAUGCAUGUAAUGGAAAGCAUUCAUGCUCUAUCGCUGCUUCUAAUAGAGUUUUCGGUGAUCCAUGUCGGGGCGUAUUCAAGUAUCUAAUCGUUAAAUACCAAUGUGCUUGAGCAUGAAGUGCUUUUACCGUAGCGUAACAUGUACUUGUAACAGACGUUUCUUACAGAUCUCAUUUGUCUGUAUUUUCAUUUAGAAUGAAUUUACUUAAUAUUCGUUUUUAUUUCAAA